UUAUCUCUUUUCUCUUUCUAAUCUGUGUGUGGUGGAACUGGAAAUUUUGGGAUAAAUUGUAUUAUAUUCCAUUAAAUUUAGCUAUUUUGGUAUAGCUAAAUCAGCUAGAAUAAACCCAUUUAGUGCUCAGUACAAAGGUUUCUUAAAUCCAUAACAUGCUUAUGGAUUUGACUGAUGAGCUUGAACAGAGCGAUAGCGGGAUGGAAUCUCUCACGGCCAGUAAAGAUGAUACACCUGAACGUAGACCCGAGGAUAUAUUCAACCCUCCCCCGUUAGAACCCAGUCCUGAGCCUGCAGUAUCUGACUCACUGGUUCCUAGUUCUGGCCCUCUCAAAGAAUAUGACGACGAACCUGAUGAGACCCUCUCAGAACGACUCUGGGGCCUGACUGAGAUGUUCCCCGAGUGCAUCCGCAACGGCACCUACGCCAUCACCACCAAGUCCUGGUGUGGAGUCAAAUCAUUAUAUGGACUGUCCCGCUCCAUAGUGUGGGUUGUAGCAAGUUCCUCUGUCAUCCUGUUUGCACCAGUUAUAUUUGAAGUGGAGAGGGCAAAGGUUGAAGAAAUGCAAAAGAGUCAACAAAAACAGGUUCUGCUGGGCACAAAUGCAGCACUUUCUGGGCCAGUGCCUGCGAUGCCCCCCAUGCCACGAUAGACAACACCACAAUAUACACCAACCUACAAGUAUACAAUAUGUUACUCAUACAAGUUAAUAACCAUUAGUUUUAUAGUCACACAUAGUUAAAUAUGAUGCAUAUUGAAAAGAUAUUAAUGAAAUUUAUUCAAGGUUAGCUCCUAAUACUGUUAGCCUAGUUUGUGACCUGCCAACAUAUCAUUGGUAAUGAAUGAAAAAUACUUACACAUAAAUAUAAUUAUUCAAAUACCACAAUCUGCUACAAAUUAUUCCACUGCCAUGACUCUUGGCGCUAACCUUGCAAAAGCGAAAUAGUUUUCAUCAUCUCUAGUCUUCAUAAAAAAUUAACUCCCAAGCUUUAAAAAGCAUUUAAAAGCAUCAGAUUAAAAAAUGAUAUUUCAAUCACUUCACAAAAAUAUUGAAAUAAAAAUCAUUUGCAUUUUCCCCCUUCUUUUCUGUUUUUUUUCUAUCUGGAUUUAGCUGACCUUAUUAUUUUAGGUUACGAUCCCGAGAGUAGGUAUAAAUUGUAUAAUUACCGAUGGUGUAUAAUGGUUUUAAAUGUACCUAAUAAUUUUGUAGAUAAUGAUUUGUUAACAUCCAAACUAAAUAGAAUAAAGUUAUGUUGAGUUAUA